CCCACCAACAGCAAAAUUAAUAAAAAAAAUAUCACAGGUGACCUUUCCAACCGCCGCCAACAACCAAAGCUAACUCUUCCUCGUGUCUUCUUGACCCUCACCAAACCCCUCCAUUGCCCUUCAAAUUCAAACCUCUCCCACCCAUACAACGAAAGACACCGGCGGUCGAGAUGGCCUUAUCACACCUAAAAUCAUCUUCCUCCGGAUCCAAUUUCCUCAAACCUCUCGCCACCGCCUUUUCUCUCCGCCGUCCGAUCUCUACCUCAACUGAUCCCCUCACAAUCGAGACCUCCAUUCCCUUCACUACUCACAGAUGCGAUCCACCAUCGCGCACCGUCGAUACCAGUCCCCAAGAACUCCUCUCCUUCUUCCGCGACAUGGCCACCAUGCGCCGUAUGGAGAUCGCCGCCGACUCUCUAUACAAGGCCAAGCUCAUCCGCGGAUUCUGCCACCUCUACGACGGUCAAGAAGCCGUGGCCGUUGGUAUGGAGGCUGCAAUUACCAAAAAAGACAGCAUCAUAACUGCCUACCGUGACCACUGCACGUUUCUGGGGAGAGGUGGGACCCUCCUGGAGAUAUUUUCGGAGCUGAUGGGACGACAGGGCGGUUGUUCGAGUGGGAAAGGUGGGUCCAUGCAUUUCUAUAAGAAAAAUAGUGGAUUUUAUGGAGGGCAUGGUAUUGUAGGAGCUCAAGUGCCGUUAGGUUGUGGAUUGGCAUUUGCUCAUAAGUAUAACAAGGACGAUGCCGUCGCCUUUGCUUUGUAUGGAGAUGGUGCUGCUAAUCAAGGACAGUUGUUCGAGGCUCUUAAUAUCUCAGCUCUUUGGGAUCUUCCAAUCAUUUUGGUCUGCGAGAAUAAUCAUUAUGGAAUGGGGACAGCCGAGUGGAGAGCCGCCAAGAGUCCAGCAUACUAUAAGCGUGGAGAUUAUGUUCCUGGUUUGAAGGUAGAUGGCAUGGAUGCUUUUGCUGUGAAACAAGCAUGCAAAUUUGCAAAGGAGCACGCCUUAAAGAGUGGACCCAUUAUACUUGAAAUGGAUACCUAUAGGUAUCAUGGUCACUCUAUGUCUGAUCCUGGGAGCACCUACCGUACCCGUGACGAGAUCAGUGGCGUGAGACAGGAACGUGAUCCAAUUGAAAGAAUAAGAAAGUUGAUAGUGACCCAUGAUCUAGCUACUGAGAAAGAGCUGAAGGAUAUUGAAAAAGAAGUGAGAAAACAAGUAGAUGAAGCCAUUGCUCAAGCCAAGGAAAGUCCUAUGCCAGAACCUUCAGAACUUUUCACAAACGUAUACGCGAAGGGUAUGGGAGUUGAGGCAUAUGGAGCUGAUAGGAAAGAAGUUAGAGCUGUGCUUCCCUGAGCUAAAACUUAGACGGGAAGUUUUCUGAUGCCCCACAGCCUCCAAAUCUCCGUACCAAGUAACUUCUGAAAAUGAUAGAAUAAGUGAAGAUGAGCAUGCAUUUCUUCCUGCCUAAUUUUGUUUUCCUCACUUGUGUAUAGAAAACUGUUUCUUCUCAAGUUGUGGGGCAAAACUAUUUUUUCUAGUGUAGUUUUUCUUUCGGUGAGCUACAACAAGUUUCUAUGAUUUUUGUUGAAUGAGCUGGUAAUGUGCUCAAGAAUACAAGAGCAUCCGGACAUGAUAUGCCAAGAAUUUUUCAGCUUUUGUCAAAUUGACAGCAAUAAGACCUUUCCAUUUUCUGUGUCAA